GCGAAAGCCUCUUACAGAGAGACAGCAGUCGAGAGACAGUGUCAAAAAAAAAAAAAAACUCAUCAAAGAGAAAUGGCUACCUCCGCCGCACGUCCUCUCGUCACCAUCCAAGGCCUAGACGGCGACAUGACCACCGACCAAUCCUCCACCAUCGUCCUCCCCGACGUCAUGACAGCCCCCGUCCGUCCCGACAUCGUCAGCUUCGUCCACGCUCAAAUCUCCAACAACUCCCGCCAGCCCUACGCCGUCUCCAAGAAGGCCGGUCACCAGACCUCCGCCGAGUCGUGGGGAACCGGACGCGCCGUCUCCCGUAUCCCCCGUGUCCCCGGAGGAGGUACUCACCGCGCAGGACAAGCUGCCUUCGGAAACAUGUGUCGUGGUGGACGUAUGUUCGCUCCGACCAAGAUCUGGAGAAAAUGGCACAGGCGCGUGAACGUCAACAUGAAGAGACACGCUAUUGUCUCUGCCAUUGCUGCAACUGCUGUUCCUGCUCUUGUGAUGGCGCGUGGGCAUAAGAUCGAGAAUGUUCCCGAGAUGCCACUCGUGGUGAGUGACUCUGCUGAAGGCGUGGAGAAGACGGCAGCUGCUAUCAAGGUGUUGAAGCAGAUUGGUGCUUAUGAUGAUGCUGAGAAGGCGAAGGAUAGUAUUGGGAUUAGGUCUGGUGUGGGGAAGAUGAGGAACCGUCGUUACAUUUGUCGGAAAGGUCCUCUUGUGGUUUACGGUACCGAAGGGUCUAAGAUUGUCAAGGCGUUUAGGAACUUGCCUGGUGUUGAGCUUUGCCACGUGGAGAGGCUUAACUUGUUGAAGCUUGCUCCUGGUGGUCAUCUCGGGAGGUUUGUGGUUUGGACUAAGAGUGCUUUCGAGAAGCUUGAGGGGAUCUAUGGAUCGUUUGAGAAGCCUUCGGAGAAGAAGAAGGGGUAUGUGCUUCCUAGGGCGAAGAUGGUGAAUGCUGAUUUGGCGAGGAUUAUUAACUCUGAUGAGGUGCAGAGUGUGGUGAAGCCGAUUAAGAAGGAUGCGAAGAGGGCUGUGAUGAAGAAGAAUCCUUUGAAGAAUUUGAAUGUGAUGCUGAAGUUGAACCCGUAUGCUAAGACUGCGAAGAGGAUGUCGUUGUUGGCGGAGGCGCAGAGGGUUAAGGCUAAGAAGGAGAAGCUCACCAAGAAGAGAAAGACUGUCACCAAGGAGGAGUCACUGGCGAUCAAGUCAGCAGGGAAGGCGUGGUACCAGACUAUGAUCUCCGACAGCGACUACACCGAGUUCGAUAACUUCACUAAAUGGCUCGGUGCUAGCCAGUAAUAAUAUUAUCAUAAUGCUUGAAACAAUUUCGUGUUUAGUGAAAGAUUUUGGUUUUACAUCUGUUUCGUCUUUUUGUUGUUGGAAUAUUAAGCUCUGCUUUGAACUCUUUUCUUCUUUUGGUACUUGUUUUGCUUCUCAAAUGGAUUCGUCGUAUGUUAUGAACCAAAUUCAAAACAAUUUUUAAAUCUUA